GGAUUUCAAAUAAGUUUUGUGAAAUAAGGAGGGUAAGGGUUUAUAUCUGCUCAGUCAUUCUUACAGUUGAGAUAACAUUCUACGUGUCAUUUCUAAAGGGAGCAAUUUUUUUUCUGUUUAUUUUUCUCCAACUAGUAUCAAUUUGUACUUUGGGAUUGAAAUUUGGAUUUGUUUUUUGUUUUUUUUUGUUUUUAGGAAAUAGAUGUCUAUUAGUUUACAUAAUCCAGACUGAAUAAAUACACAGUUAUUUAACAUAAAUCCAGUGUUCCCUAACUUCUAACCCAGAGAGUACAGACAUCGUUAGCAUUGCAUCUGGGAUACCAGCACUCUCAGGAUGGAUGAAAAACAAGGACAGUAUUCUGGGGAUACUGAACAAAAUGCAACUGAGCUGGGUUGGUUAUCUGUUUAAAAUUCUUUCUCUGCAGUUACCCAGAAAUCCAUACUGUUCAAAUUGCAGAACACACUGUUGCUGUAGAUCGUCUCCUGCGACCUUCCAGCCGCAAUGGGUUAUAGCAAAACCAUGGUCACUCUGGAAAACAUUUCUGGUGUGUCUGCUGGCCUGUCUGAUUGCUACAACCCUCGUUGUUCUGGUCUUAUAUUUUGUUCACUUUGGCAAGCACACCACGAGUACAACCAUCGUCAUUCACACAGAUGGAAAGUCCAGUCAUGUGAUCUGUGAUCCUGGUUCUACCUCAUCUCCUGCGCCCACCACUAAUGCUACUCCCUCUCCUGCCCCCACCACUAGUGCUACUCCUUCUCCUGCCCCCACCACUAGUGCUACUCCUUCUCCUGCCCCCACCACUAGUGCUACUCCUUCUCCUGCCCCCACCACUAGUGCUACUCCUUCUCCUGCCCCCACCACUAGUGCUACUCCUUCUCCUGCCCCCACCACUAGUGCUACUCCUUCUCCUGCCCCCACCCCUGGUUCUACCCCAUCUCCUACCACAUCUUCUGCCUCAUCGAAGCAGCCUGAAUCUCAGAGCACCCCACCACCUGCCACGGUGCCUGCAUCUACCAUGCAGCCAACUGAAACCACCACGGAUCACAAAGUCGAAAUUGAAGAUAAUGACAACUCGGAUCACGAAGUUGUAAUUGAGGAUUAUGGCGAAGGACAUUUUUGAGCCCUCAGCCCUCCUUCAACCAGGCCAGCACUCUUACUCUGAAAGAGACAUGUCUAAGCUGCCCUGUCUUCUCUGCCAAGAGAUUCCACAGCAUCUGUCUUCCCGAGGUCCUGCCCCUCUUGCUCAGUCAUUUGCUGGAAUUCCCACAUGGUGAUGACUCAGUCUUGGGACCGCCAAUGUUCAAAUGAUUGGAAAAGAAAAACUUCCACUGAGCCUGGUUGACUCAUCCAGCUAGGGACCCAGAGUUUUCUCUUCACCCCUUUCUGUACAACCACCUUGGUUAUCGCUCAUGAAGAUUCCAGCUGCUGAAGAGGCCUCCAAGUGGACCUGCUCUACUUCACUCCCUACAUGCUGGGUCUUAAGCCAGUGUUUGCCAUCUGUUAUUGAUUAUUUCCCAGUCUAUUGUCAGCAUUUGUAUUCCAGUAGGGAAAGAAAGAAAUGUCCAAUCAAAGUGGCUAGUGAGCAUGGAUUAUUAAGUACCUACUGAUCAUUACAGAAGUGUUCCUCCUAUGGGGAGUGCAGAAAAAAGGGGUUGGUCAGUAAAGAUAGGAAUAAUUAAGGAGGACUUCAGAGAAGGGCUUAGAGUUGAAAAGGGGGAACAUUUGGACUUAAAUAGAUAAAAUUUAAA